AUGGCGGCUGUCGAUCUGAAUGCGUUGUUUGCGCCUUCUAAUCCUUUAAAUGUGAUCAAGAAGGCAUUCGAACAAGAGCAUACUCGUUUCGUUAAGGCCAUGAAGAAAAAGAACACUGCUAAGAACUCGGAAGACGGAAAUUCCAAAUGGGCUACAAGGUUGUUCAACCUCUGGAACGGCUAUGAGAAACGAUUGCCAUCACAAUACAUGAACGAGAAACUCGUGUCAACAGGCGAGAUUUUAGUGAAACUACAGGAGUAUGGUCUAGCCCUGCAUCAAUGCUUCGAUCGUUACAUUCUCUGGAUUGAGAGGCAAACCGGCAAGUCCACUGAUGUGCUCUUUAAAGAGCAAUAUUUUCAAGCCGAAGAGAGUAAUGAAACAAAGCAGACUGAACUGACGAUUCGUGCAUUUCUUGGUCGCGUGAUUUGUGCUUAUCGACUUGUAGUGAGUCAAGAUAGCAGACUAGAGAGCAUCAACACACAGAACUACACAAUCAGUUUACUCGAAACUUUACGGAAAACCAUGACGGUCUCAGUAACCAACGAGAAACUGUCAUGGCUCACAUACAAUGGCACCAUUUAUGUCUACACUAUUGCUCGUUCUCUCAUGUCAGUCGGUUUGUCUUCCAAAGUCUUGGAAUAUUUGUUGUGGGUUGCGAAUGCUAUGGAGAGUGCAGUUGCACUGCUUGCUGUCAAGUAUCUGACGUGGCGUGUUACGUUGUAUGCGGCAGUCUGUCAGUGUUAUUAUGAUUGUAAGGCUGGAGUUUGCACGACGGGCACUGAGUAA